CAGCACGCAGGCGCUGCCGACCUUCGCUGAUGUCAUGACGAACCAUGCCUCCCAUUGGCGGGCUGCGAGGAAACAAGUGGGCGGGGCUCUGGUGAGGAAGGGUGGAGAGCAGCUGUGAGUGACCCGAACCGGAUUUGAUUCCUUUCCCUUCGAGCCUUCUAAGGACCCUGGCCUGAGCAGACGCUUUCUUUGCCUUCUCUUUCUGCCGCCUGAGCCCGCUUUCCUCCUUCGUCCGUCCUCACAAUGGCGCUGAGCGAUGCCGACGUCCAGAAACAGAUCAAGCACAUGAUGGCUUUCAUUGAACAGGAAGCCAAUGAAAAGGCAGAAGAAAUAGAUGCUAAGGCUGAAGAAGAAUUCAACAUUGAGAAAGGUCGGCUUGUUCAGACACAGAGACUGAAGAUAAUGGAGUACUAUGAAAAGAAAGAGAAACAAAUUGAACAGCAGAAGAAAAUUCAGAUGUCCAACCUGAUGAAUCAGGCAAGACUGAAGGUUCUUAAAGCGAGGGAUGAUCUGAUUGCAGAUUUGCUGAGCGAAGCCAAGCAGAGACUGGUUAAAGUAGUGAAAGAUACUGGCAGAUACCAAACUCUGUUGGAUGGAUUAGUUCUGCAGGGAUUUUAUCAGUUACUCGAGCCUACAAUGACUGUCCGUUGCCGGAAACAGGAUCUUCCUUUGGUUAAGGUUGCAGUCCAGAAGAGCAUCCCAGUCUACAAAGCUACCACCAAAAAUGAUGUUGAUAUUCAUAUUGACCAAGAGUCAUGUCUCCCUGAGGACAUAGCUGGGGGUGUUGAAAUCUAUAGCAGUGACAAUAAAAUCAAGGUUUCCAAUACUCUGGAAAGCCGGCUGGAUCUUAUCGCCCAGCAGAUGAUGCCAGAUGUCCGAACAGCGCUUUUUGGUGCCAACAGCAAUAGGAAGUUCAUGGACUAAAUUUCUUCAAUGAUGGAAUCUCUUCUGCUGCCAUAGUGAAGAGAGAUGCCAGAGCAUCCCUAAUCAGUCAACAGCCCCUUUAAAAUGUAGUAUUCAGUGCUAUAUUGUCUUGUCCUGCAUAUGGUCUUCAGUUAAGUUAUAUAUAUAUAUAUUGCAUACCUGCUAUGCUUAGCCUGAUUGGAAGAGAGGCUGGAAGACGUCUGUCCACAGAGCAAUGACAGGUGAAACAAAAAUUGAGGCAUACAGGUUCCUUGAGACAGAUUCCUCAGGGAUCAGUGGUCAGUCUGUGCUUUGACUGCGUCCCUCAAACCAUGUCAUCAACCUGUGCUGCUUAUCCACCAUUUCCUUAUUUACAAAAGCUGUUCUAUACUAUGUUAAAUAGGGGGCAUAUAUUUCUUUUGAGGGUCACUGUAACAUUAACUUGGUCAGCCCCAGAUUCUUGUUCUGUAUAUGUGGUUUCAAAAAUUAUAUAGAGAUAUAUUCACACCUGUGCACCCUCUAGACUGAAAUAAAAAGGUAUGUGAAA